AUAACGCAUGGAUUAAUCUCCAAAGUUUAACUUGUCUUGCAGAACGCACUCAGCUGUUGUAUUUAGGUCAAGUUCUUCGUGAGUUCUCUCGGAGUCUCAGAGGUUGACCAUGACAUGGUAUUUGGCAUGGCGUCGAAUGAAGCUGCCGUCAGGGCGCUCACACUCCUCCACCACCCGUCCCUCCCUCAAGCCCUCAACGCCUUCACGAGGCCCUCCCACCUCAAGCAGGCCCACGCGCACCUCGUCGUCACUGGCCUCACUCGCCGCCUCUUCACCGCCACCCGCCUACUGGCUUGCGCCGCGAUUUCUGCCCUCCGGGACCUCCUAUACGCGGAGACCAUAUUCCGCCACGUCGAAGUCCCCACCUUCUUCAUGUACAACACCAUGAUCAGGGCCUUUUCCGAGUGUCCUGGUCAAGAUUGCCUCGAGGGCGUCGUGUAUUACGUUCGGAUGCUCCGGAACGGCGUUUUGCCCGAUAAUUUCACGCACCCUUUUGUGUUACGGUCGUGUUCGCUGUCAUCACAGCUGCUGAUUGGCAGGCAGGUUCACGCCCAUGUCGUGAAAUUUGGGUCGGGUGCCGAAGUUUACGUCGUUAACAACAUGCUAAGUAUGUACUCGAGCUGUAGAGAGAUGGGGGAUGCGCGCCAGGUGUUCGAAGAAUGUUCCGAGUUUGUGGAUGUCGUUUCCUGGACUAGUUUGGUCACGGGGUACGCCAAGGCUGGUGAUAUCGAUGUGGCUAAGUCUUAUUUUGAUAGGAUGCCGCGGAGAAAUGUCAUUUCAUGGAAUGCGAUGAUUUCAGGGUAUGCGCAGUCGGGAAGAAUUUCUGACGCAAGGAAGCUCUUUGACAUGAUGCCCGAACGUGAUGUGUCUUCAUGGAGUGCGGUGAUUUCUUGUUAUGCUCAGUGCAAGAUGUGUGCAGAAGCAUUGCGGCUUUUUAAGGAGAUGGUUGGAGGAGGAAUUGUGGCCAAUGAGGCUGCUGUUGUGAGUGCAGUUUCCGCCUGCGCACAGCUUCGUGCGAGUGAGUGGGGAACUUGGCUCCAUGAGUAUACAGUGGAGAAUGGGAUGGCGAUAGAUGUGAUCCUGGGCACUGCGCUUGUAGAUAUGCAUGGCAAGUGUGGAAAUGUCGAGAAAGCUGUUGAAGUGUUCAAUUUGAUGCCUGAAAGGAAUGUCUGUUCGUGGAAUUCUAUGAUUGCUAGCUUGGCCUUGAAUGCACAUGGAAAACAGGCACUGUCACUGUUCUGGCAAAUGCAGGGUGUGGGUCACAUACCGAAUCACAUAACAUUCACUGCCGUGCUAAGUGGAUGCAGUCAUUCAGGGUUUGUCGAAGAGGGUCGUCAAAUUUUUAGUCUUAUGACAGAAAAGUAUCAGCUUGAACCUUGGUCAGAGCAUUAUGGUUUGAUGGUUGAUUUGCUUGGGCGAGCUGGGCUAAUAAGGGAGGCGGUGGAAUUUAUUAAAGGGAUGCAUAUUGAGCCUCAUCCCGGCUUAUGGGGAGCUCUUGUUGCUGCCUGUAAGAUUCAUGGAGAGAUUGAGCUAGGUAAACAACUUGGGAAAUACUUGAUUGAGUUGGAGCCAGAUCAUGGUGGGCGGUAUGCUCUAUUGUCAGAUCUUUUUGCAUCUAUUGAACGAUGGGAUGAUGUGGAAUUGGUGCGGAACUCGUUUGUACAGAGAAAGGUGCCCAAGACCCCGGGAAAUAGCAUCAUCGAGUUGUGAAGAUAUUCACUAUCUUUUCAACUACCUUCCCAAGAAGCCUGUUUCUAAGGACAUACAUAAAACCGAAGCAAAUGGGAUUUCAGCCCUGAGGUUAGGCCACUUAACAAUAAGAAAUCAGGUGGCAUCAUAUCUCCCGUGGCACUUCUUCAAGGCAAUUGCACAAAACCACAUUGCAUAUGAAUGCUAUCAUUAAACAAAUUGAGGAGCUAUCAUAUUGCAUGGCGAAAAGAUCUCGAUGCUUCAUUGUAAUCAAAACAUAAACUAUUUAGUUCAUCGGUCUUAUUAUUGGCGAUGCUGAUGCCCUUUAUGAUUCAAUAAACUCAGUUACUGUGGUAUUGCUCCUUAGAGAUGAUAGUCAUGAGCUAUGCAUGGCUGAAUUGAAGAGCUUGUGCCUUUUCUUGCAAACUAUUCAGCACAUUUUGGAAAGUCUUCUUGAAAGACUCCACUACUUCAAGUUCUAGCUGAGCUCCAACACCAUUCCAAUCAAUCCCCAGCUCUUCAAGCAUAUGAUAAGUGCAUUCAGCCUCUGAUACAUUUGCAUUGAUAUUUUUCGAGACAAUUGCAUGGUGCAAGAAUGCUUUUAAAGCUUCAUCUGGCAUGGUCGAGAUCUGCAAUAUACACCGACCAAUCACUAUCAGCACCCUCAAUCACCUUCGCUGCCAUUUCUGCUACAGAUAUCCUUUGGUCAAUUAUGGUUUGCGCUUCACUGUAAGAGAUGCUAGCUCACUGUAUCUGCCCUAUCAGGGUAUUAAUGUAGGUGGUAUCAGGAUAGGAUGGAUUCUUGACAUUUGUUGAGGCCCAGAGCAACUUCUGCUUCUUGGCCCCUCUCUUCAUCAAAGCUUGCCAUCGUGGCCCAGAGAACUUUUUCUGAAAAAGCUUAUAUGCUAAAGUAGCUUGUGCUCCGCAGCCUGAGGUUCAACUGAAAGUGAGAAAGAAAAGCAUGGGUUGGACUUUCAUAUAAAAGAUAACUCAUGCCUUCAUAUUUCGGAGGCGCAUACCUUUCCUCUGAGCUUAAGUGCCUGGGACGUACCGAUUUCUUCAAGCUUCUGAUCAAUGAGGGUGUCAGCCCCACUUAUGUAAAAUGAAGCUACACUUGUGAACCUGGAAAGAUAUAUGAGCCCUGAAGCCUCAAGUCCAUCCAGAUAAGCAUCAAUAACUGCUUCAUACGUAGUUAGGGUGAAUAUGACCUGUCAAACCAUUGAUGGUUUGAGUGUGCCGUAAGAACAUCAAGUGAGAGUAGAUGCUACAAUAGUUAAUUUUUCCUAUUUGGAGAAGCUCCUGAUGCAGCUAUUCUAUACAGACCAAGUAAACAAAAGUACAACGGUUCUUUUUAGGAUCCAUUGUUGAAAAAUGUGGUGGAUAUAUUUUGGCUAUUUAAAGAGGAUGUAGCCAAGUUUUAUCGAUUGUCAUAAAGACUAAUUACCAGCAACCAAUGUACUGAGCAAGUGUGAUUUUACCCACUCUGGGAAAAAUCGUAUUAGUGGAGUUACUUGGUUGCUUGAACUUACUGUUGCAUUUACGCAUAUGCUUUGCGAAAUUACUUGAUGGAAAUGAUAGAUUCUGU